UUUAAUUACAUAAUGACGUCAUAUAUAAUUUAAACUCCUAUAUUGUAUUCUUUCUCAUUUAAUUACAUAAUGACGUCAAUGCAUGUUAUUUUUAGACUCAUAUUGUAUUUUUCUUCUACGAUAGAUUAUGAGGUUAGGUGCGUCUGCACUACUAUAUAUUUGGGGGUAUUAGCAUUACAACAAAAGUAGUAGUUAAUUAUUUCAAGUUAUACUAACUAAUUAAUGAUGGAGGAAAAUAAUUUGGCAAGGUUAGGGGGAUCUUUGCCAGUACCAAGUGUUCAAGAACUGGCCAAAGGCUCACUGGAAAAUGUCUCAUCGCGUUACCUGAGAGAUGAUCAACAACUUCCUAUUAUCAUUAAAUCUGAUGAUAAUAUUCCAAUCAUCAACAUGGAAAGCUUGGUUUUUGGAGAUGAAUUUGAAUUCAAGAAGCUGGAUUUUGCUUGCAGGGAGUGGGGAUUUUUUCAGCUGAUAAAUCAUGGAGUGAGUGACUCAGUAAUUGAUAGAGUGAAGAAGGAUACUCAAGAUUUCUUCAACCUUCCAUUGGAAGAUAAGAAAAAGUUGAAGCAAAUGGAUGGUGAUUUGGAUGGUUAUGGACAAGCUUUUGUUGUCUCUGAGGACCAGAAACUUGAUUGGGCUGAUAUGUUUUUCUUGACAACCAAUCCUCCUUAUCUCAGAAAACAACAUAUUUUCUCCCACCUCCCUCAACCAUUCAGAGAAACAGUGGAACUAUAUGCAGCUGAACUGAAAAUAUUGGCUUUGAAGAUUAUUGAUUUUCUAGCAAAAACAUUGAAUAUGGAUGAAGAAUACAUUAGGGAAAUGUUUGGCGAAGGAACGCAAGCAAUGAGGAUGAAUUACUAUCCACCAUGUCCACAACCAGAUAAAGUGAUAGGACUCACUUCUCAUUCAGAUGCUGUUGCCCUCACAAUUCUCCUUCAACUCAACCAAAUGGAAGGACUUCAAAUCAAGAAAGAUGGUGUGUGGAUUCCUAUUAGUCCUCUGCCUCAUGCCUUCAUUAUCAACAUUGGUGAUAUCUUGGAGAUAGUGACAAAUGGAGCCUACCGUAGCAUUGAGCACAGAGCAGUGGUUAACAGCAAAAAGGAAAGACUCUCAAUUGCAACAUUUUACAGCACAAAAUUUGACCGACAAAUUGGUCCUGCUCCAAGUAUCAUUUCUGCUAAAAAUCCGGCAAAGUUCAGAAGUAUUGAAGCUGCAGAUUAUGUCAGAGGUUAUUUUGCUCGUAAACUUGAUAAGAAAUCAUACUUGGAUGUUAUGAGAAUUGAAAAUUCCGAGAAUCCAGCAAGUUGAAACUCGAAAAGUAUUGACUCUACAUACUAUGAGUUAUGUUAAGUAAUUAUCCUAUAUGAUACCGCGGAUUAUUUUCUUCUACUAAUUGCUAUUAUGAGUCAAUCUUCUUAAGAAGUGUUUCAUCAACAU